AUGGAUGUGCUGACCAACAGAGUGGAGAGAAGUGAAAUCAAGCGCGGAGACCACAUUUACACCUACAGAGCGCUAGCUCUCUACAGCUACUCCCACCACGGUAUCUUUGUUGGGGGUAACAGGGUGGUCCAUUUUAGUCCCGACGGAAAUUUGAAUUCAAGCAGUUGGAUAUCUUCUGAUUCUAGCUUUUGUAAGUCAGCAGUGAUCUGCUCUUCCUAUCCUGAAUGUGGAUUCAGGCAACCCAACAGUGGUGUACUCCGUUCUUGCCUGGAUUGUUUCCUUGGAAAUGGAUUUCUGUAUCGAUUCAAAUAUGGAGUUAGUGGAUCAUUUUUCCUUGCUCAGGUGCGGGGUGGCACAUGCUCCAUUGCAAAUUCUGACCCACCAGAACAAGUUAUCCACCGAACAAUGUAUCUUCUUCAAAGUGGAUUUGGCAAUUAUGGUGUGCUUCUAAACAACUGCGAAGACUUUGCGCUUUAUUGCAAAACUGGUCUUCGGGUAGUGGGCGGUAGAAAUAGAACUGAAACCGGAAACACUGGGGUUGGAGGAAGUGGUCAAACCUCUUCUUUCGUCGGUGUCCCAGUGGCUGCCGUUGUUUCUUCUACUCUGAAAUGGCUGGUGCCAAUUCCUGUUCGCAUGGCUGCGGCCGCGGUUGGGUACGCUGGGAUGUACUGUAUGACCAGAUAUGCAAAUGAUAUUGGCGUUCGAGAGGAUGUGAUGAAGGUGGCAGUGGAGGACUUGGCUGAGAACAUGGGUUGGGAAGGCAACGAGGCUUAUUUUGUUCAAAUGAAUUCUGUGCUAGUUCCAAUUCUUGAUGGAACGAAUUUCACAGAAUGGUCUCAACAAGUUCGGUUUCACCUUGGUUUUUUGGAUCUUGAUUUAGCACUUCGGAUUAAUAAACCGCAUGCUAUUACUAAAUCAAGUAAUGCAAAAGAAAGGGUUAUGUACAAGUCUUGGGAGCGAUCGAACAGAUUGAGCAUUAUGUUUAUGCGGAACACCAUAGAGAGCAAUAUUAACUCAGUUCUUCCUGAAUGUGACAAUGCUAAGGAGUUCUUCAAAACUGUGAAAAAACGUUUCACAACUGUGGAAAAACGUUUCCAGUCGGCUGACAAUUGUUUCUAUGGUAGGGCACGAAUAAGGCAACAUCUAACUCCUAUGUUGGUGUUUUUGUGGGUGAUAAUUGUUUCUGUGGUAGUUGGGUUAUGGUUGAAGUAACUUCUGUAUGAUAAAUGCAUGCUUGUGUAUGCUA